GAGCUUUGAGUAUUGAUAAGACUACUUGGAAGGAGAGGACCGCAAACUACCGUGCAGAGCUGCGACGUUAUUUCAGACGUUCAGCCUGAGAGCUGGACUGUGGGGUCGCAUCACGGUUACAGAGACGCUGCGAGGAGAGAAAUCAAGUGGAUUAAUUUGGUGUAUUUGAAAGAAAUCGAGACUUUUUUUUAUGGAAUAACUGAAACUUUGCUCAUUUUCUGUGCGUCCUGGAUCGUUUUGCAUUGUGAGCUUUGAAACUUGGAGAUGUUAAUUUAAAUUAAAUUUAAAUUAAUUUAAUUUAGUGCGCUUUUAGUCGGAAGCGCACUUUUGCGCAAGGUGAACUAAAGACUGAAGCGCCUGAAUUAAAACGUGGACGUUUAUUUCUUAUUUUUGUCACGAGGGGGACUUAAAAAGUUGCGUGCCUCUUUCUUCUUCUUCGGAUAUCUCUGCCGGAGAGACAACAGUGUGGACACACCGUCUACGCGCGCGCAGUUCCGCAGGGCGAGCCGCUGUCCCCCCGCGCGCAGUGCUGAGGAGAGACGGACUCUCGCGCUUCCAUAAAUGCCCGGUCCGUCGAGGAGGCUCGAGGCUGGGCAGCAAGAUGAGCUCGUGGGUACAGCUGCUGCUCGCGUUGCUGGCGGCGUGUCUGCGGUUUGGCGUCACCGAGAUGCACCUCCCUUCUCUCCUCCUCUCCGUAUCACUCCUUCCCCCACUUCCUGACUCCUUCCUGACUCCUUUGACCCCUAAAUGUUAGCAGAUGAGAAGACACAACGCCAAUAGUCAUUCACCCUGCUCUUAGUGACCAUUGUGUGUCUGCUUUGGUUAAUACUUCCCCCGCAACCCCUUCAGCUCUCGCAGCCAUUGAUGACUCGGGGGGUUAAACCCACACUCGGUCCAUGCAAUCACAGUGUGGAGCUGUUGCUUGGUUUCUGGUGUGGUGUGGUGGGGGAGCCUCUGCCUGCAGCCCUGGUGGAGCUGGUUAGAAACAGCCCCAUCUCGUCCAUAGAGGACCUUCAGCUGCUGCUGCUCACUGACUCCGUAGAUGAGGAGGACGCGACUUCUGCAGCCAAUGGAGGUCACAGACUACCAAGGAGCCUCGAUGCCCAGCCAGCUCAGCAGGCUUUGUGUAAAGUUCGUACAGAGGUGGUCGAGGUCACCAGGGCGAUGUUGGACCGCAGCAACGCUAACUUCCUGUUGUGGCCACCCUGCGUGGAGGUGCAGCGCUGCUCUGGCUGCUGCAACACCAAGAGCCUGCAGUGUGUCCCUCACGUCACACACACCAGAUACUUGCAGGUCAUGAAGAUAGAGUACGUCAACAAAAGACCAACUUACGCCAAAGCAGUGGUGUCUGUGGUUGAUCAUGUGGAGUGCCGAUGUCAGCCCACUCCACGUCCUCCUGUGCCCAAGAAAAAAUCAUCUCGCAGACAGCAUAACCACCAGCAUCGAAACCAGACACUCAGCCAAGGACACGGACAGGUCAAGAUGCACUCAAAGGAUGAACUCCAUCAGUGGGAUGAGCUGAAGCAGAACCAGAGGGCCCACCUGGAGGACCUCCUGGAGCAGCACUGGAGCCCCAGAGGAGACACCUUCACUCAGCCUGGUGAGGGGUACAGUUUGGCUGGGGAGGACACAUCUCGCUCUGGAGAGGCUGUACUGUUUGCUCCACACUGGGCACAUAACGCCACCAGGCUCCUUGGGACUAAAGACCAAACUGAGAAUGUGGCGAAUGUGGAUGGGAGGAAUGGUCAGAUCUCGGAUGGCAACAAGACUGUUUCCUCAGUGGAUAAUGUUGGUGUUGAGGUGAAAAACAAGUUGGUGGAAGGUGAAGAUGGGUUGCUGCUCAACAAUACUGAAGGGAAAGUUAAUGAUGCAAACAGGAGCAGGGACGAAGGCACACAAACACACAGGCCACCACGGCAAGAAGACAAAACCAAACUUUCAAAGAGCCACACUAGUGGUUCCUCUCACCCUGCUACUCAGAUUCCUCAAGCCGAGUUCAGUCCUACUGAGGCGCCCAGUCAGAGAGUCGUGAGCAGGUUCCGACCAACCAAAGAGCCGAAUCCAGAGCCUCGAGAGCAGGCAAGACGGAGAGACAAUGAGACUCCAGAUGAGGUGAGGAUAUUACAGACAGAGGAGGAGAAACUGGAGCAGGAGAGAAAAGAGCUUCUGCUUCUCCACAAGAGGCUGGACCAAGAGAAGGAGAUACUGAGACAGCAGCAGAUGAAACGUGAAGAGGAGGAAAGGCAGAGAGGAAAGGAAACGGAUAGUCAGCAUCACCAGCAUGGUAAACACCAUCAUCAUCUGCAAACAACCACACAGAAACCAGCAACAACAUCUACGACUACCACACGGCAGCCAUCAGCUCCAGCAGGCCCCAGACCUCCAGCCCGUCCAAAGAAAAGGAGGAGGAAGAAUCGCAAACAAAUCAGCAAGGCAGCUAUGAGAGCGAUGCUAAUGUAAACCUAAAAUAAAGCGAGGGACACAAAGUGAACUCAGUGUAUUUCGUGGAUCCAGAGGUGAAGCAGAGUGACUCCCUUCAUAUAAGUAUUUAUUCACUUGUCAGUAACCUGGUUGUCCUGUGAGAUCUCCUCCGUAACACUACUAAUGACUGUCUGGUGAACCUGUAACUACACCUGUGUGGAAUAAGAGGAGGGUAAGAAGAAAAUGGAAUAUAAAUAAAAGGUGGACCUUGUCAAGAGAACGCUUUCCUCUACAACGACAGUUGCUGGUAUGAAGUAACAAGUCGCACCCAAAGACUGAUAAGUUGUGUGCGAGCACAGCACCUGUGGGGCACUGAAACUGCAUCGCAGCUGUGGAAAAAAAGUGCAAUUUCAAAACUCUUCUUGAAACCUUGUUUUGAUAUCAACAGAGAGAAACUGCACUUAUAUGUUGACAGAAGCGAGUCUAUAUGGGGUUUAAAUGGCAAAGUUUGUUGCUAAAGACUGAACCACAGUCAGUCUGGACUACAAAGCGCAUCUGGUGGAAAAAUGGACAUUCAAAUGGACAUAACUCUUUGUGUCACUGAAGAAUCUGUUGUGUUGUAAUUGGAUGAACACAGAGACAAUCAUCAAUGGACUGCAACAACAAGCAAUGUUGACUAAACUGAGCAGUAUUUCCGCGUUGGAUAGAACUACAUACUGAAGGUCUCAGUGUUGGGAAGACGAAGCUGUGUAGAUUUACCGUACCAAGGCCUGAUAUCAUUUAUUAGCUUUGUAAAACAGUGGUGGUCUCUCUUUAACCAUAUUUAAUAUUUAACUCAUUGCAAACACUGGAAUUACACAGAUGUGAUUAGAGGACAAAAACAUCAAAUGUUGCAUUUCAAAAUCUCAUCACAGGUGUGAAGAAAAAGGUGCUAUCUGAAGACGAGGUGAUAGCGUUACACCUGUGAGCUGACGUUGUACUAUAUUUCUUAUUUAUUUAUCUCUGCCGUUACUGUGGAUUAACUUUUUAUUCAACUACUGCAAACAAGAUGUGGUCGAGAUAUGUAACGAUGCUUCAUGAUGGCUGGGUGGUUCGAACAGAAAGACAGGUUUUUAAAAGAUCAGAACCUUCUGUGUCCUCCCAGGGUCAUGCUGUGUUUAACCUCUAUGUCAAAUGUGCAUUUGUUUUGUAUGCCAAAGUGUGUGGUGUAGUGUGUGUGUGGGCUUGUGCCUGCACCUACACUUCUGUCAUGCAUCUCAGUACUCACGUAGAAGCAUUUAUCUGUUUCUCUCUUUGAUAAAGACACGUCUCCCUUCCACUGAAACAAUCACAUUCCUUCUAAACUCUGGGAGGAAAGGAAAGAAACUCCUACUUACAGUACAACACAUUUUUCUUCAAGUGCCCCCACUGUAUUUGUUUCAUUAAUCUACAACACAUUGUUUUUGACAUUUCAUUUAAGUAGAUCAAAAGUCACUUAAAGAGCCAGCAAGAAUCCAAACAUUGCAAAUGUAGAUAAUGUAUUUGUGUCCCUUGUAUUUCCAUUAGUACAUUUAGAAAUACUGGUGAUGCUAUUUGUGUCCAAUAAUCCAUAAUCAGCCAAACAUCUUAAGUUAUUGAAAAACAUGGCUUGUACAUUCCUCGUGCCAACUUACAACUGUUACUGAUUGUGUCUGUUUUAUUGUAAAAUAUGAUAAGAAACAGAAUGUUUGUGAUAACUUUGCCACCUAAUGCUAUUUUCAUAUGGAUAUAAGAAGCUAAUGUGUUUAAAUCUACUUUGUUUUGUGUUUUCAUUUUCACCAGUUUUCCACGAAUUAGCUUCCAUAAGGCCAAAGUUUUGUUAAACUCUAACUGGGCCGACAGUGAAUGAGCAACAGACAAAUAAAGCAGAGCUGGUUUUAAUGCUAGUGCAUCAUAAGGUUGUACAUAUGCACAGCAGUGCU